UGGCGGAUGACGGUUUUCCUACAAGCGGUAUUUUUUUGAUGUUGUCUCGUUUCGUUUCUCAAACGUUGAUUUAAGAAAUGCGUUUUAAAACCAAAUAGCUAUUUUUAUUAUUGAUGAGGAUGAAUAUUUUACCCUAACAAAAUUUGGAAACCGUAAUCAACUAAAGACAUUUCAAAAUGUCUAUGCCACCCUAUUUGUUGGGUCCCAACCCAUGGGCUCAAAUGAUGGCCCAGCAACAAUUGGCAGCUGCCCACGCUCAAGCGCAAGCUGCCGCUGCCGCGGCUCAGGCACAUGCUGCUGCUUUGCAACAACAAAUGCCUCCACCGCAUCCCAAACCUGACGUCAUGACCGAGGAUAAGUUACAGGAAAAGGCCCAAAAAUGGCAUCAGCUGCAAUCAAAACGAUUUGCAGACAAAAGGAAAUUGGGCUUUAUUGAAGCUCAAAAGGAAGAUAUGCCCCCUGAGCACAUAAGAAAGAUUAUCAGAGAUCAUGGUGACAUGAGCAGCAGGAAAUAUCGUCACGAUAAACGUGUUUAUUUAGGGGCACUCAAAUACAUGCCUCAUGCAGUAAUGAAACUUUUGGAAAACAUGCCAAUGCCUUGGGAACAAAUUAGAGAUGUAAAAGUUUUAUAUCAUAUUACAGGAGCUAUCACUUUUGUCAAUGAAAUUCCAUGGGUCAUUGAACCAGUUUACAUUGCACAAUGGGGUACCAUGUGGAUUAUGAUGAGAAGAGAAAAACGUGAUCGUCGUCAUUUCAAAAGAAUGAGGUUUCCACCUUUUGACGAUGAAGAACCUCCUCUCGAUUAUGCUGACAAUGUUUUGGAUGUUGAACCUUUAGAAGCUAUUCAAAUAGAAUUAGAUCAGGAUGAAGAUUCUGCUAUUGCUAAAUGGUUCUAUGACCAUAAAACUCUAGUGGGUACCAAAUAUGUAAAUGGGUCAACCUAUAGGAAAUGGAAUUUAACUUUACCAAUGAUGGCGACUCUUUAUCGUCUAGCCAAUCAGCUUCUUACUGAUUUGGUUGAUUAUAACUAUUUUUACUUGUUUGAUACUAAAAGUUUUUUCACUGCAAAGGCGUUAAAUAUGGCUAUACCUGGCGGUCCCAAAUUUGAACCAUUGAUUAAAGAUAUGAAUCCAGGGGAUGAAGACUGGAACGAAUUUAACGAUAUAAAUAAAAUUAUAAUUAGGCAACCUAUAAGAACAGAAUAUAGGAUUGCUUUUCCUUAUUUGUACAAUAAUAUGCCACAUUUUGUACAUUUAUCUUGGUAUCACGCUCCAAAUGUUGUCUACAUCAAAACCGAGGAUCCCGAUUUGCCAGCAUUCUAUUUCGACCCUCUUAUCAACCCAAUCUCGCACAGACAUGCUGUAAAAAGUCUGGAGCCUCUUCCCGAUGACGACGAAGUCUUUGUAUUACCGGAAACUGUGCAAGCAUUUCUACAGGAGACUCCGCUGUACACUGAUAACACAGCUAACGGUAUUGCCCUUCUGUGGGCUCCGAGGCCUUUCAAUAUGAGAUCUGGUCGCACUAGAAGGGCCAUAGAUGUUCCUCUAGUAAAAUCUUGGUAUAUGGAGCAUUGUGUGCCAGGCCAGCCUGUUAAAGUACGUGUUAGCUAUCAAAAACUGCUGAAAUAUUAUGUAUUGAAUGCUUUGAAGCACCGGGCUCCCAAACCACAAAAGAAGCGAUAUUUAUUCAGGUCUUUUAAAUCUACUAAGUUCUUCCAAACAACUACAUUGGAUUGGGUAGAAGCCGGCCUUCAAGUGUGCAG